AUGUCGCAAUCGGCGUCUCGCGGCGGCGAACGCAUGGUGCAUCAGGACUUCAUCGCGCGCAUCAGAUAUUCGAACACGCUCCCUCCACCACCAAAUCCGCCAAAACUCCUCGAGAUUCCCAACACCGGCCUUGCCAGUGGGCAGUACACAAAUCCCGGAUUCGCAUCGCGUCUUGCGCGAGAACAACCGCUCAACAUUGAAGCCGAUGCGGAGCUGGGCAUGCCGUUGGACCUGGUGGGAAUGCCAGGCGUGUUCGAUGGAGACGAGAGCUCAAUCCAGGCCCCAGCGCAAAAUCCACCCGUACACCCUCACGACAGGCUGCUGCUGCGACCACUGGCAACACUAGGCAAGCCCAAAGCCACCGACGCAGCCGUCUCCUUCCUGAGGAGGACCGAAUACAUCGCUACAGCAAAGCGCUCGUCGAGCGAUGGAGUCAGCCCCUUCAUCGAGUCGAGCAACAAGCGACAAGGACAGGCGGGCGCAGCGGCUCGGAGAGCCCUGAAGCGACCAAGUCCGGAGAUUGACGAAGACGCAGGUACGCCGGCGCACGUGAAGCGCAAGAUCGCGCAGUCGUUUGAGACGGCGGCCCGCGACCUUGCGGACCCCAACAAGCACGUGCGGCACCCGCGCGGCCGCAACGUCGUUGUGAAGGAGGUCCUCCCGCUGCUGCCCGACAUGGACGCGUUCCCCGACAGCGGCGCGUAUGUGACUGUCAAGUUCUACACGCCACCGCUGACGGGCGUCGCCGACGCCAAGCCCAAUGUCUACGACACUCGCAUGCUGUCGGCCGUGCUCAAGCCGGCGCCCAAGACGGAGCAGGAGAUGGAGCGCCUGCGCAGGCUCGAGGAGGCGUACCAGCGCGACCCGGCCAACGUUCCCAAGCCGCCGCCCAGCACCGAACUGGACUUUUACCUUCCCGACACCACGGCGGCUGGGGCCAACUUCCGGCGCAAGUUCGACGUGGCCGACCCGGAGAGGGACGACACGGCACUGUACACGUCGGGCGAGUACUUCCAGUUCAACCGCAUCCGGCGGUACGAGACGGCCGAGGAGGUGGAGCUCGACCACACCAGCAAGUACGACGUCGAGGUGCUGCUGUCGCUCGGCGACGAGGACAACGGCACCGGCCGGGCCGCCGCGCUCUUCUACCCCGUCAUGCAGCGCAGCGUCAUCAAGUCGCAGCGCGGAAAGAACAUCCUGCGUACGCGCGGCCUCAUCGGUGGGCAGGACGAGGAGGAGGAGAUAAUCGACCAGCUCGACGUCACGGUCGAUGACGCGCCAGCGGAUAUGCAGGAGAUGAUGGACCACUUCAAGAGCCAGCCGCGGGUUGACCCCAACGCGGGCUUGGAGGAUGAGGACGCCGCGGCUGAGGAUGGCGGGGAUCGUGAGAAGCAGGGUUCACCGGCUGGGCGUGAAGGCAGCCCAGACUCUGCGAACGGCAAAGCUGGUGGCGACUCGGAGGAGCAGGAUGCUGAAGGCGAUGAAGAGGAGUAA